AUGUUCGCACCCCUGAAGGGGAUACCCAAAGCCCCGUUCCGCAGCCCCACCACCCCCAGCAUGUUCAGCCCCCCCAGCAACCGCACACCCAUCGCCCCAGCACGGACACCCCUGCGCAAGGAGAGGGGGGUCAAGUUGUUAGACAUCUCAGAGCUCGAUAUGGUGGGAGCUGGUAGAGAGGCAAAGAGGAGGAGAAAGACUUUGGAAACCGAGGCUGGGGAGAAAGCUGCUAAAGAGGAGGCUGUGGUGGAGAAUGCUACCCCAGACUAUGCUGCUGGACUGGUGUCUACACAGAAACUGGGUGCGUUGAACAAUGAGAGCGCCCUGCCGUCUACGAGCUACCUGCCUGCUACCCCAAGUAUGGUCCCCUCCUCCUCCUACAUUCCCAGUUCAGAGGCACAGCCAGUGAACGCAGGUGGUUUGGGGCGUGACGCCCUGCAGUCAGGUCGCCAGCCUGAGGAGUCAGCCACGCCCGGUGCUGCUGCCACCACCACCACCCUCCCGGGCCAGUUCAAACAGAGGACGCCCAUGUACAACGCCAGCAACACUGCCACCAGCCCCACCGCCCCUGCCUCCCCCAGCACGCCAGCGAGCACCCCCGCCAGCAGCAACGGCCCCCCGGCCGCCGCCACCGCCACACAGCCCGAGACCCCCACCACGCAGCCCCCCGCUACCCUCCAGCCCCCGACGCCCAUGCCCCAGCCCAAGAAGAACCUCUCGCUCACGAGAGACCAGAUGUAUGCUGCUCAGGAAAUGUUCAAGACGGCCAACAAGGUGACCAGACCAGAGAAAGCUCUUAUCCUGGGCUUCAUGGCCGGAUCCAGAGAGAACCUGUGUCCGGAGCAGGGGGACAUUAUCCAGAUAAAGCUGAGUGAACAUACAGAGAUCCUGCCCAAGGCGGACGGCACGGGCAGCACCACCAUGCUGGUGGACACAGUGUUUGAGAUGAACUACUCCACAGGACAGUGGACCCGCCUCAAGAAGUACAAACCCAUCACCAACGCCUCCUGAGGUGGCUGCUGGCCUGCCUUUCGGGACUAAACACGCACACACACACACACACAUAUUUACAUGCAUGCGCAAGCAUCAACACACACAGGCCAAAUCUUCCUCUGGUGGCCAGGGACUUGUCACACACACUUGUGCAUACACACAUGGGCCAAAUUCAGUGCGUGAGCGGCUGGGGAGGGUUGAGUGGGAGGGAUAUGGUGGUACCGGUUAAGGGGGUAUGGCUCCCUCUUUUUCAAAGUUCCUGCAUUGCCAAAAGGCAGGGGGACCAUCAAUACUUUUUUUCCCCGUUGGUUUGUUUUUCUGUUUUGUUUCUGUUUUUAUGUCCCCUCAGAUUCCUGAUUUGUUUGGUAAGGGGAGGGGGGGUACAAAGUGUCUGGGGAAAGAAGAUUACUUAUACCUUAUUUUGAUAAGACACCUGUUUAACACUUGCUUUACUAUUAAAAGGUACAAGCAUGCCACAUGUCAAGGGAAAAAGUCGUUAUUACAACGGUCCGUGUUUUUCAUCGUGAGAAUGUAAAUAAUGUGACGUUUGCAGCUUCCUACUUUCUGUGGAAAAGAAUGAUGUGAGAAAAACAAAGAAAGGGAAAAGAGCCCAAACAGAAAUGUGACUGAGAGAAGGAUGAUGAUGAUUUGUUUCCUUUGUGCUGUCAAGUUCUGUUUUGGAACAGUCUGGAAUUUUUUUACGUUUUUCAUCCUUACCAAGAAGGGAAGAAAUAAAGUGAAAACGUUCAGAUUCCAGAGUGUUUAACGUAAUAGUCCUUCAGAACAUCUCUCCUCCUGACUCUAUUUCUAAGAUCAUGAUGAUUAGAGUAAAGGUGUUCUAUGGGAAAGACGCACCAUUGACACCUCCGUCCACACUGAUCUGUCUGAUUACUUGUCAAGACAGGUAGUUCAGGUGGCAUGGGUUGCACUAGAAUGACGGAACCUGUCGUAAGACAAUGCAGUCACACUGGUAUUCAGUACAGUAUGAAUCAGUGGCGGCUGGUCCGUUAGGGUGUUGGGGUGGCGCCCUAUAGUCCAAAAUAAGUAAAUACAAGUGCUGUAUCCUAUACAUUUUACUGUUUUAAUAUGUUCCUACUAUUGCUCUGAGGGGAGCAGGUUUUAGGGCCCAGGACGGCUACAUUGGAUUACAUUGACAGCUAGCGGUUCUGAGAAGAAAUGCACUGCUGCUUGAAGUCUAUUGCUCCUCUUGGGGCGUUGAGCUUGAAUGCCCUAGCUGCUCUGAUCCAACUCCAUUCAAACAGCAGACAUUAAUCAUGGUCAACAGAUGGCGCCAAAAUCACUUUCAUUUUCACAACAGACAGUGUCUCAUGGGGGAUUUGCGGCUGUGAGAGUAUACUGUAUAUGGCAUUACAAUCUGAAAUCAUGCAAACAGUAAUAAAGUAAUCCACAAUCAAUACA